CUGUGCACACCGUUCUGUCGACGGUCCGUACGCCGCGUUCGUGACCCGGGAUCUCCCCAUUCGUUGACCUUUUUUUUGUGUUGAUACGAGGUCAUGACUUAUAAACUCAAACGCAAUUAAAAGACUCUUCUAAAAGGAAAGUUCUCUUUUUUUUAAUUAUUUCGUUAAGUCUUUCUGAUUGAAACUAGUGCAGUUGCAAAUUUGGAAAAGAAGAUUGCCUUUCAAGAAGCCCAGGAAGUAACAAGUGUCAGUCGGGCGAUGGCUGACUGAGGAAGCAUGUUGAGGAGUUAGCAAGACGCCAUCUUCUUCAUUGAGAAUAUUGAAGCUGCUCGUCGCAAUCAGACAUGGAGCUGAAAAACGUUUACGAACGUUACCAGGCGAGGCUAAGAAACGCCGCCUUCUUGGGCGUCGUCACCAUAGGCGCCUUGGCUUCCUGCUGCCUGCUGGGGGCUAUGCUGAACGGUCCUCUGGAUUCCGAGCUGAGUUCCGCCGUCAUCCUGGGCUGCUACUUCGGGUUCCUUCUGCUCAUUAUCGGGAUGGCGCAGCAGGUCUUCACUGCUAACAUUAGCGUCAUCUCAGCCAUCCUCGCUACGACCUUCUGGCUCGUCACCGCUAGCAUCUUGGUGAGCGUGGGCAUUCUCCACCAGCCGAAGAGCUCUGCCCACCUCACCCCCCCAGCUUUCCUGCUGGUACUCAUCACCCAUACCACGGUACCCCUACGCCGCGCCCAUACCCGAAUUCUGGCGGGCAUCUCCACUCUGCUGCCCUUGGUAACGAUGCUCACUCCGCCGGGCCUGACGUGGGGCGUGAGGCAGGCCGUGGGCUACGCGCUGACGAUGCUCGCUGCCAACACCUUGGGCUGGUGGCUCGAGUGGGAGGCCGCGCAGGCACUCGAGAGCGCUCGGACUUCAUCUCACGAGCUCAUAGACUUCAGGGUGAACCUCGAGUGCGAGCGGGACAGGCAGGAGCAGCUUCUCCAGUCUGUGAUCCCCGCCUACAUCGCCGAGGAGGUGAAGCGCCACAUGAUGACUCGACAGAUCGGGCCACCAAGGAAGCAGUUUCGAGACCUAUACGUUCAACGUCAUAAUAACGUCAGUAUCCUCUACGCCGACAUCGUCAACUUCACGCCUCUGUCGGAACAGCUGAGUGCCAGCGACCUAGUAACUACACUCAACAACCUCUUCGGGAGUUUUGACCAAAUAGCCCAGGAUAACCAGUGUUUACGUAUUAAGAUACUCGGUGACUGUUACUACUGUGUGUCCGGCCUGCCCGUCUCCAGACCAAACCAUGCUGUCAACUGUGUUAAAAUGGGCCUCGAAAUGAUCAAUGCCAUAAGAAUCGUCCGUGACAAAGUAGGCCUGAACGUCGACAUGCGCAUCGGAAUACACACCGGAAACGUGCUGUGUGGCAUCCUCGGUCUUCGCAAGUGGCAGUAUGACGUUUGGUCUGAUGACGUCACACUCGCUAAUCACAUGGAGUCCGGAGGUGUUCCUGGGUGA